AUGGCGGGAAACUUCACAGAUUUGGUAAUCUCGCAAGAUGAACAAUGGACAGGUCUGCUACAGCCUCUAGUUCUUGACAUCGCUAUUGGGUUGUGUGCCCUUGUCAACGAGGCUCUAGGAAUUCUGGGUAUCGUGGCCAACAUUGUUAACAUUCUCGUGUUCUACAGACAAGGCUAUGACGACAGUGUUAACAUUACGUUAACAGCGCUGGCUGUCAGCGAUAUCGGGGCGUUGUUAACUUUACAGGUGUGUAAUCUCAUGGUCAACCCCUGGCUAAUGAACCUUGACCUUGACGUGUCGGUCAUUAAUUUUGAAGAGCUGGUCAGCUUCUACCCCCACAACUACUUCAUCCGUGUGUGUGGGUUCAUCACGGCCUUCGCCUCGUUCGAGAGAUGUCUGUGUGUGGUGGCGCCACUCAAGGUCAAACAGAUUAUAACUAAACGCGUUUCCAUAGCAACCAACAUCUUCAUAUUUCUCAUUCUUUGUCUAAAUUUAGUCCCGAUUUACUACGUGUCAUAUUUAGAUUGGGUGUUCAUACCUGAAUUGAAUAAAACUAAACUGAUAGGACUAGAUCGGGAAAACCCGUACAACGUGUUUGGAAUUUCCUAUUACGUCACAGAUCUAUUUAUACCGCACCUCUCCUUCUUCGUGAUAAUCAUGUGUAACUUUAUCAUAGGGAUACAGUUAAAAAAACGGGCCGCUUGGAAAAUGUCUGCUACGAACCAGAAAGAAAAGGAAAAUCCUUUCUCCAGGAAAGAGAUGAAACUAGUGAUGAUGCUAAGUGUGGUCUCGGCAAUUUUCAUCGUGUGCUUGAUUCCACAAUCGGCUGUACUCACCACCAUCGCGUUUGUGUGUGAUCUAAGUAUCUAUGGCAGAUACUUCGACGUGGCUCUAUUGUGUUUUAACAUCUCCAACUUCACGGAGUCCUUAAGCUCCAGUGUAAACAUUGUCGUCUAUUACGUCAUGAGCACCAGGUACAGAGAAACGCUUCACGCCUGGUUUAGUACAAAUAAACGUACAGGUAUGCAAUGGCGUAACUAG